AUGCCGUCAGGAAUAAACCUAAACAAUUAUGAUGGGAAAUCAUCUGCAUCACAAUGGUGGGGAUAUUUUAUACGUUGGACCCUCAUACAAAAAAUGUGCGAACAACAACAGUGUAAUUCCUUCCCAUUCUUUAUGGCAGAUGGUAUUCCAAAACAAUGGUUUGCAACACUUUCAGAUACUGUGCAUAAUUCAUUACAGCUAUUGAAGGAUGAAUUUUUCAAACGCUUUGAAAAAUCACAAGGGCUGUUUGAUGUUAACAUUCUCCAAUUAAAACAAGGCCAAAAUGAAAGAGUGGACGAGUUUAUGGCGAGAUUACAGGAAAACACCAUAGGACAGAACAUUCCUGACAACAUAAAGAUAGGCAUUGCAAUCCAAGGUUUCAGAGGGGAGAUAGGAAAAACAGUCCACAACACUUUUCCAAAACCAGUUACCUUGGAACAAUUAAGGGCCAUUGCAGAAAAUGCAGAGAAAUCGGAACAACUUGUACCAGCAUCGUCAAUAACUGCUGAUACGAUUGCAGCAAUACUGGAGGCCAAGAUGCAGGAACCAUUGGAGGAAAUUAGAAGACUGCAUACCUCGAUCAACAUGGCAAAACCAAACCAGCCGCAACAACAGUACAUUCAACAACAGCCAGUAGUGUAUAAUGGACAACAGUACAGCCAACCGAUGCCAGCAGCAGUACAGAAUCCAUAUCACCAGCAGCAGCAACAACAACAACAAGAUGAUGGUUCAUGUGAAAAUUGUGGUAUGUUUUGUGGUACUAAUUGCCCAGCAAGAAAUAAAGAGUGUUUUAAUUGUCAUAAGAUAGGGCAUUAUGGUCGUAAAUGCAGAGGUUCUCAAAAAUCUGGCCAAAACCCCCCUUUUCACCGCUAG